CCAGAGUUUAAGUUUUCCGAUUUUAAAGAAAAAGUUUGCAAGAAUGGUAAAACAGCUGGAUCUGACAUGGUCACUUCCCAAGCUCAGCGGUGAUGAAAUUGGAAUAGAUUGUUCUAGCUUUCCCUCUCAUUUCGACUCUGGCCAUUUAGCUGAUACAGGAAAUUUUGAGCCCAUUCCACAUGACCAUGAUUUUUGCGAGCGGGUAGUAAUCAACAUUAGUGGACUUCGAUUCGAGACCCAACUUCGCACACUCAACCAAUUUCCCGACACACUUCUGGGUGACCCUGCCCGCCGAAUUAGAUACUUUGAUCCGCUCCGUAAUGAAUAUUUUUUCGAUCGCAACCGACCCAGUUUCGACGCAAUCCUAUACUAUUAUCAAAGUGGUGGAAGACUAAGAAGACCAGUUAAUGUACCUCUAGACGUAUUUGCUGAGGAAAUAAAGUUUUUUGAACUUGGAGAGAUGGCUUUCAACAAGUUUCGUGAGGACGAAGGUUUUAUUAAAGAGGACGAAAAACCACUUCCAAAAAAUGAGUUCCAAAGAAAAGUCUGGCUUCUGUUCGAAUACCCUGAAAGCUCCCAGGCCGCACGAGUCAUCGCCAUAAUUUCUGUAGUGAUAAUUCUUCUCUCCAUUGUGACGUUCUGUUUAGAGACAUUACCAUUGUUCAAGCACUACAAGAUCUCCAACACCACAGACGGUAUUCUACGUAUUGCAGAAAACGAAGUGCCAAAAAUAACCGAACCGUUCUUUGUUAUUGAAACUGGUUGUAUAAUUUGGUUCACCUUUGAAUUGCUGGUACGUAUGUUAGCCUCACCUAAUAAACUGUCUUUCUGUAAAGACGUGAUGAAUUCAAUAGAUUUGAUGGCCAUCAUCCCAUACUUUAUCACACUGGGGACUGUGGUGGCAGGAGACAGUCACAAGACACCUGGAAUGUGGAACGAGAGAGGAAGUAACAAUCAGGCUAUGUCUUUAGCCAUCCUUCGAGUCAUUAGAUUAGUAAGGGUUUUCAGAAUUUUCAAAUUAUCUAGGCAUUCUAAAGGUUUGCAGAUUUUAGGGCGGACGCUGAAAGCUAGUAUGAGAGAACUGGGUCUGCUUAUUUUCUUUCUUUUCAUUGGAGUUAUUCUCUUCUCCAGUGCAGUAUACUAUGCAGAAGCAGAUUCUGACAGGUCUUACUUCAAAUCAAUUCCGGACGCCUUUUGGUGGGCUGUUGUAACGAUGACAACGGUUGGAUAUGGUGAUAUGCGACCGGUAGGGGUCUGGGGAAAACUUGUUGGCUCACUUUGUGCCAUUGCAGGUGUAUUGACAAUCGCUCUUCCAGUGCCAGUGAUCGUAUCUAAUUUCAAUUAUUUCUAUCAUCGCGAGACUGACCAGGAGGAGAUGCAGUCUCACAACUUCAAUCACGUGACAUCAUGCCCUUACCUUCCAGGCACAGUAGGCUACAAAAUGAGGAGAGACUCGUGGGAUGAGAGUGAUGAUGGGGAAAUGGUGGAAUUAGAAGAAGGAGUCUUCAUUGGUGUGAAAAAUCUACAAAAUAAGCCCAACUGUGUUUCACGAUCAUUAAAGCAUGCCAACCCUGUGUCCAUCGAAACUGACGUAUGAGAACCUUAAGCCUUAUUAGGAUCUCAAGUCGCAGUAAUGUUAUCUAACUUGCAGGUUGUGCGUCAGUAAAGAUGUGAAUCGAGUUUUGAACUUACUUGCUGGACUUCGAGUUCUGCCACCACAAUGUACAUGUAAUUGUGUGUAAACGCCACGUUUCCUGCUAGUGGAACGUCAUAUUAAAAAAGAAUACUCCUAAUUUCCUCGUUUCCCAUCCAAUUCCAGAGGGAUGUGAGCACAGCUUUGUGAAACCCACCAGCUGCACCUACGACGGUAGACUUGGCAACCUAUCGUUUCAACUAGGUCUGUUUUAUUCCAAUCAAUACAAAGUUUACAGCCCCAAGCAAUUGGUAGAUAAUAUUACACGUUUCUAAACGUCACUAAGCACGUGUCAGACAUUCAACCUGACGUAUCGAGUGUACUCACGUGUCAGUCGUCCAAUGAAAAGAGGGUUUUCAGAGUUGUGCGUUCAUCGCAAUGGCUUAGGGUUCACUCUAAGUACACUCACCAAAGAAAAGGACAUCGCGGGUUUAAUAUACAAACCGUUCAACUUAUAGAGAUGAAACUGAUAUCAAUCAAUUAAUUCGCUACAAAAUCAAAAAAUAAAGAAAUUAUA